UGUGUGUGUAUGAGUGGAAACGAGUCCUUUUUCGUGCAAACCCGAGGCCGUCAUGGGAUCUCCUGAACUCCGAACAGAAUUAGAAAACCUCCUGAAAAGUCUGAAUAUUGACUUUGUUUCUGUGGAACAUCCGGAGGUUUUCACCGUGGAGGAAAUGAUGCCUCACGUACAGCACCUAAACGGAGCCGUGACGAAAAACCUCUUCCUAAAGGACAAGAAGAAGAAAGGCCUGUGGCUCGUGUCGGCGCGUCACGACCGGCAGGUGAACCUGAAUGACCUGGCUAAGAAGCUGGGCGUGGGCAGCGGGAACCUGCGCUUCGCCGACGAGGCGGCCAUGUUGGAGAAGCUCAGGGUGGGUCAGGGCUGCGCCACGGCGCUCGCGCUCUUCUGCGACAAGGACCGCAGCGUCAGGUUCGUCCUGGACGCUGAUUUGAUCAGUGGAGGCCACGAGAGGGUUUACUUUCACCCCAUGACCAAUGCUGCGACGGUGGGACUAAAACCGGACGACCUGAUGAGGUUCCUGAAGGAGACGGGCCACGAGCCCAUCCUGCACAGCUUUGAUUAGAUCAGCUGACUGGUUUAUAAUGACAGGAAGUGCAUCCUGGAUGGGUUUUAUUGUACAAAUAAGUGUACUUUUGUUUUAUUAGUUAAUAAAUAUUAAUAAACAUCACAAAAUGCUUCAUCUAAAAGUGCAUGAUUAAAAACUG